CAGAGUGUUCGCAAAACUAACCUCUUCUGAUAGCUUCAAUUCUAAAUUGCAGUUGUUAUUCCUCUCAUUUACAAAUUAUUUUUGAUUUUUCUGAGUUACGCCAAUAGGCUUCUUCAAGAACCACCAACGACAUGGUCCGGCAUCCCGGAAUGAGCCGUGGCUGUGCAACAUGUAGAAAACGUCGGAUUAAGUGCGACGAGAAGAUUCCAUCUUGUUCACAAUGCUCACGAGGCAGGAGGCCGUGUCCUGGAGCAACCGGUGGCAAGAUAUUUCUUUUCACUCAAGCAGGCAAUCCUCGAAAGUGUUCACGAAUUCCACCACAACCAAGCGAAUUACGCAAUAAUGAUAAUCCCAGCAACUCUCUAAAGUCUUCUAAAGAAUCCUCCGACUUUGUGCAAAGCACGGUUAAGCUGAAUAGAAAGCAUGGCCAAAGUCAGGAGAUGGGUCUGAAUAUAGUCGCAAGUCACACGCCCACCACAUUUAUUGGGACACAAGCAGUAUCACAAUUUAUCUCUUUCUUUGCAAAGUCGGCUAUAAAUAAAACUAAAUCGAAUAGUUGGAUGAACAUACUUCCAGAUAUGCUAGCAAGUGGCUCCCGAAUCGAAUUAAGAUCGUCCGUGCUAGCAGCAGCAUUUGCAUUGUAUAGUACAAUAUGUCAGGACACAUCUUCGGAGAUGGAAGCAAGACGACUAUAUGUAACUGGCCUAAAGCAACAGCGUGUCAAAAUGAUUCUUGCGUCUCACUCAUCGGAAAGGAUCAUUCCAAAGGUUGAAGAUGUUGCGAUGGCUGUUAUGCUAGCUUAUUACGAAGUAAUAUCGCCGACGACCGACACAGCUUACUUUCAGCAUAUAUUAGGAGCCAAGGUUUUGCUGGAGAUGAUUGGCCCUCAGAACUGUCAGGAAGGUUAUUUCCAUCAACUGUUUCAAACCGUGAGGCUAUACAUGGUUUAUAUAUCUAUAACGACAAAGUCGACGACAAUAUUUGCUUCAGAAAGCUGGACUGAGAUUCCAUUUCGAACUUCGAGGAAGACUACUUGUGAUCGCAUUGUGGAUGUCCUGCUACAGCUGCCGCAGAUUUGGGUACCACCAAAUAACAAUGUGCCAGAACAGCGAGCUUCUGAUUUAACACUGCGUGGAUUUAUGAAUAAACUAAAGGCCAUUUGGAAAAUAUUGGAGCUUGGUCAUCAAGUAAUGGCAUCACAUAUGGAUUUGUGGGAUACGGACCGGAUACAGAUGCACGGAAUAGACCUUUAUGACUUUGUUCCUGGGCCUGUUAUGGUUACUGACUCGGAGACAGCAAUUACGACAGCUCUCUACAGCCUUGCCUGGAUCUACAUUCUAGACGAAAUUCAAACACGAUGUCCAGAGAUGCAAAUGUGUGAAAGAUUACUUCUUGGUCACUGUGAUGCUGUGCUCAGAGCAGGCCAUUUUAUUGAAGAUUUUGAAGACGGAUGUGGCUUGAUACGAAUGGCCUUUCCCUUGAGGUCAGUCGCUCUUCUUAGCCCUGACCCUUUGCAACGAGAGUAUGCGAAAUAUCGUUUGGAGCUAUGGCGUGUCAAUAGGGGUUUAGGGGGGAUUUGUGCCGUUGUAACGGCUCCUGACAAUAACAUUUCGGCUGGUAGGGAAAAUCAAUAUACUAGUUGAGGCUGAUUGAAUUAAGCACUGGCGUUAGAAAAGUUAUGAGGCAAGAACAUUCAACUUAUCACAGAGCAUGUAGUCAAUAAGCGAUUUGUAUUUGGUCGAAAUCGACAACGAACUGUAAAACUGUACUUCUAGACUUAAAUUUGCCCAGAAAGAACUGCGAUUCAUGGCACUAUGGCAGUAAUGGGCAUAAGUAUGGUAUUUCAC